AUGGCUACACCUACGAACGAACCAAACGCGCGAACCCCGACAGGUUCAAAUGGACCUCCACCCAUGAGAAUCCGUCGCCCCAAGGCAGCAGAUCCUUUAGUACGACCGAAAAGGAAACCAGCAACCAAACUAGCUAUUCCCGUCUCCGGAAAUGGGCCAGCCUCAAAAGCAGCUUCUUCGCGACCAGCUACUUCCAAUCCGCUAUCUAUGCCUCAUUCUGAGAGAGGGAAGCCUUCUCCUUCAGGAGCUGAUUUCGCCGCCAAUGGUUUUAGUGGCCCAUUGUUAUCCGAAACAUAUACGGACUACCCCUUAGUCACAACAAAGCGCGCGUUGCGGGAAGGCUUGAAACAUCAUAUUGCUAGAUUCGCAUCAAAGAAGACCGUCGAUCCGCGUGACGAAUCCCAGUUCACUAGGCCUGUCCGGCUUCAACGUCGCGAUCCGCGCGCCCGAUCCCAUGGGAUAGCAUCGGAGAAGAGCCAGGGCAUGCAGAAAACAAUGUCUGAAUCUAGCCAUCAUAUGGAUGAGGCUGAGCGUGAAGAGCUAGAGGCGAGGAAAGCCGCCCGUGAGAAGGAACGCGCAGAGAACCUGGCCCAAAUAGCCCCUUCUAUUGGAUCUGCCCCGAAGAGAGCGAACAUGCCCAAGCAAAAAACUCAGCAGGUGUCCAAGACAGAUAUGACUCCCGAGGAGAUGGCGAAGACGCGAAUCAAGUAUGAAGAGGCUUUGCCGUGGCAUCUAGAAGACUUCGACAACAAAAAUAUAUGGGUGGGGAACUAUGAAGCUGCUCUGUCCGAAACGCAUGCGGUAUUUAUACUUGAGGCUACGGGGAAAAUGAGAAUGAUUCCUGUGGAAAAAUGGUAUAGAUUCAAUGCUAAAAAUCAAUUCAAAGCUUUGACUAUUGAGGAAGCGGAGAAGUUCAUGGCAAAGAAAGUCAAAGAUCCGCGGUGGUUCAUGGAGAAGCAACAAGAACUAGCUCAACGAAAGGAAUUGGAGCAAUUCGCUAAACAGCGGAAGGUAUACGCUGGUAAACAAGGAACUCCGUCUGGAGUUGAGGGGUUGGAGGCUGAUGAAAUGGACUUCGAAGAAGAUCGAUUUGCUGAUGAUGAAGAGCAUGAUGACCUGUUCAACGAGGAUGAGGAAGCAAAAGCAGCGGAGAAGAGAAUCAAGAAAGACCAGUUGAAAGCCAAUGUCUUUGACCUGAAAGAUGAGAAAGACUAUGAGCAAGAGGAAUUGAGAGAAAAGAAAGAAAAGGAGGCUCGUCGUGUGCUUGGAAAAAAGGUUCGAAAAGCAUUACAAAAACGAGAAAAGAACUACGACUAUAGUAGUGGAUCUGACGUUAAUCCUUAUUCAGACGAUGAGAGCUCUGAUGAUAGCGAGGCUGAAAGAUUGAAGGAGGAAGAACGGAAAGCCGAGGAGGAAAAGAAUAAAAAGGAAGCUACGACAUCCUCCAAGGGCAACAAUACGCCAUCCGGCCGCCCUAAGCAUACCGAUCCCUUGAAGAAAGGCACGGCAUCUGCACCACGGAAACGGUUGGGGUCUCCCAACGUGUCGGAUGCGAGUGGGACAGACACUUCCCGCAAAAAGGGUAAAAGCAAGGAUCUGUCCUCUCAGCCUACGCCUCAGCCAAGCUCGCGUAAUAUGUCUCCAGUCGCAUCAUCGCAAAUGCCACUUGGCAAGAAGCGUGUUCGAAACGUACCUCUUGGAGGUGCAGGUUCCGGGAGUGAUGCCGAUGGCGGCGCAGGUUCCGGCGGCGAGAUGAGCGAAAGUGGUAAAACUAAAAAACUAAAGCUUAAUCCUCCAGCAGUCUCUCAGGGUGGAACUCCCCAGGGAUCCAGGGCAGGAAGUCCCACUCCCCUGGCAGGUAAAGGCUUUUCGGGAAGCCGUGCUAGCAGCCCUGAGUCAUUCAGAGGGCAAACUCGUGUUUCCACUCCAGUACUCGCUGGAAAUCAAAGCUUCCCUACGCCCGCGGAGAUUCAUGCUGCUAUUCCCCCCUCGGGUAUACUCAGUAGUGACCUGCUCAAAAUAUUCCGUCCCCGUAUUGGUGAGUCAAAGGAGAACCACCGAAAGUUCAUAGCGAUUGUCAAAGAUGUGGGAGUUUAUGGCAAAGAAGAUCGAUUGCUGCGACCCGGGACGCUGAAGGAGAGUUGA